GAAUGCUUCCCGACCCAAAGAACACUCACAUCUUAAUCAGCUGGAUGAUCGCACAGACGGUAACGGCGGUGGCGGGCCUGACCUCAUAUCCCUUCGACACUGUCCGGCGAAGAAUGAUGAUGCAAUCCGGUCGGAAAGGAGCUGACAUCAUGUACUCCGGAACCAUCGAUUGCUGGCGGAAGAUUGCCCGGGACGAAGGCGGGAAAGCGUUUUUCAAGGGCGCGUGGUCCAACGUCCUCAGAGGAAUGGGAGGUGCUUUCGUCUUAGUCUUGUACGACGAAAUCAAGAAAUACACAUAAGCUGAAACAUCCGCCCACUCCUUAGAUGACCCUUCCCGCGUAAUGUUCCAUGGACUUGCAUCAAAACUAUUUAUCAUUUCCCAUCCCCCCCCUCUCCCCCGGGUGGGUAUCUCGUAGUUGACGGAGAGGCCAUGAUUCUGCUUGCCUGAUCCCCGUUCUCAAGUCAUUCCUUUGACGAAGGGACUCAAACUUUAUUUUUAUUCAGUCACUCCUGUUAAAAUUAAGUUUGAGAAAUAAAGUGGAA